AUGGCUUGUUUCUUUGUUCAAACUAAGGCACAGUUUGUGAUUCCCGACGGUCCUGAAUACGUCAAACAAAUACUCAAGCAUGCUAGUAAAAGUUGGAGGCAGUUUAAACACUCUCUAAAUCAAAUCACUAUAAACCAGAGGAGAAGACACUCGAUGAGAUGUGAUAUGGAUCCACCGUACGGAAUUACCAGUAAUCAGUGGAUAAAGUUGGUUAAGCGUUGGGAUUCGCAAGAAGGAAAAAAACUGUCAGAAUUGGGGAAAGGAGCACGAGCCUCCCUAAAUCAACUUCACAGAUGUGGUUCGAAGAGCUUCGCGAACAAGCAAGCUGAUUAUGAAGAUGAGCAUGGAGAAAAAAUGAGCUUGUUAGCUCUUUGGAAAAAAACUCAUAUGGGCAAGGAUGGAGGCUAUCUACCCGAGACAGUCACAGCAGAUUUUGUGGAUGAUGCAUAUGCCAAGUUGGAAUCAUUGAAACAAGUAUGCCCUUCUAAGUCUGACUUAGAACUCGAAGAUGAAGCCUUUGAGCACACCAUGUACGGUGGAGUGAUUCCAGAACGUCCCGUAGGCUAUGGACUUGGAGUUCGAAAGGGCGACAUUUACGGUGUGCAUGGUGUUCUGAAUAAGCAAAAGGUUCAAAAGAGGACUGUGGUUGUGGAGAAGGAUAAAGAAGAAUUUUCCGUUCUUAAGAAGGAAAAUAGCUUGUUGAAAGCCCAAGUUCAAGAGAACAACUCUCUACUCAAAACGCUAGUUGGACAAUUUUCUCAACUAGUAGGUAAAGUUCGUAAAGGAGAGGCUUCAAUGCACCUUUUAGAUUGUGCACAAGCAGUCUUGGAAGUGACAAACCAAAAGGUACUCGAAAAUAAUAAUAGAAGUCCAACAGAUCAAGAACAAGAGGACACUACUUGAGGCUUCAAAUUGACUACCAUCAUUGUUUUGCUAGAUAGAUCUUAGUAUUAGUUAGUUUUGUAAGGCUACAACUACAUUUUUAGUGUGUUUUAAUUUUGUGGUAUUUUUAUUAACAUAUUAGUUAUGAAGUAUUAUUGAUGAACGUGUGUAGGAAUUUUAAUUGUGCGAACUACGUUUAUGAUUUAUGAUUACA